GGACACAUGACUCCAGAGGAAUUUUCCCCGUUGCUCCCUUCCUUUGUUUAACGGAGCCUUUUUAGUGGGAUAAAGAGGGUGAGAGCCAGAUGAGAGGGGGUGAGAGAGAGAAGAGAGAGGGAGACACAGAGAUGUCGGAACCAGCCACUAAUCCCGCUGCCACCUCCUUCCCAGCGGCAACUAUUUCUCUACCUUUGGGACUGGAAGUAUUAAGGACUUACUCUGGAGCUCUUGUCUGUUUAGAGAUAUUUUUUGGUGGUUUAGUAUGGAUCCUGGUGGCUUCCUCCAAUGUGCCCGUGCCUCUGCUGCAGGGCUGGGUGAUGUUUGUCUCUCUCACCACCUUCUCCCUCUCCUGUGCCUACCUCAGUCUCCUUAUCACUGGCCUGGCUGAUCGCAUCAAUACUGACUGGAACUUCUUGGAUGUGGUUUACCAUUUUGUAGCUUUGCUUUUCUACUUUGCUGCCUUUGUGCUGGAAGCAGCAACUACAGCAGCUAAUGGAGGAGCCCACAUCAAGCCGCUGCCUAACAGCACUGAAACUGUAAUAUGUAUAACCCACCCCCGGGGCAAUAUAUUCACAGUACUGGAUGAGAAGCAAUACAGUAUUAAUGUGGCAGCCACGAUAUUUGCAUUUGUGGUAACGCUAUGCUACGGCUGCAGUAUGGUGAUGGGCUUCAAGAGAUGGAGGAUGUAACCAAGAACACAAACACAAGCUAAUUUUAAAACUGCUUCAUAACUUCAACAUGUACCAUUCGCUACAACAUCCAGAGCUCCAUAGGGAGCACUGAUAUUUACUUCAGUCCAGGUUAGUUCAGGUCAGUUUGA